AUGGUCACAUCGCCAGCUGUUCCCGAAAUCUACGAGGACGAGCUACACUCCGCAAUCGAAGCGCGCUCGGAAUCUCUGCAGACCCUACGAGAGCUGGGCCCGCCAGAUCUGGUCCACCUGAUAAAGCAGCCCAUCAAGAAUGCGACAAAGCAGAUUGGCGUCUACCACCACGUAUCCGGCGUAGACGCUUCCUCGUCUGCCAGCUUGGCAGCCUACAUCAACACCCUCACAUACUCUGCGCACGACAAGCAAAAUAAGGUUGUCUCUGGGCUCUGCUACAAUGCCUUCUCACGCCUGGACAUGCGCGUGCAGGUCUACAUCCCUGGCACUGUGGAGAGCUACUGCAUCGAUGAGCGCGGCGACAAACGAGUAGCCACCGACGAACUCUGGCUAGAGACCUACCUGUGUAGCGUACUGCGCGCAUAUUCUUAUGCCGACGAUGGCUCCGGCGACACGAUCAAGAAGAUCGUUGGUGUGCGGAGAUUCAAUCCCAUCACAAGUACCGAGAGCGAGCACAAGUUUCUGGAUGCAGCAGAGCGCCUGUUCUUCAACGGCUGGCAAUUAGGAUCUGAUCCCGAGAUUCAAGUCCCAAAUCUCGUCUCGAACCACUUGACUACGGGUCUUCUCGACUACAUUCAUACCACCGGUAGAUAUACUUCAGGCAUCAAUCUGUUCGAGAAAUUGCGAACUCGCGAUCCGGAGAUCUCUUCCCUACUGGCGCGAGUAUACAUCGAGGCAGAUGAGGAGGUGCAGGCAGUCCAACUGCUACACGAGGCCAUCCAAGAAUUGCCCAUGGAUUACUCUCUGCUCGACUGCCAAGCCGAGUUCUGCAACAAGAAGGGCCGCGGCGACCUGGCGCUUGAGAUUGCUAAGAGGAGCGUUGUGUCUGCACCUAGUGAGUUUGGCACAUGGGCGCGCUUAGCAGAGAUAUACGUCAGCCUCGAGCAGUGGGACAUGGCAUUGUUGACUCUCAACUCAUGUCCCAUGUUCACCUACCAGGACAAGGACGCACCACGGAUGCCCGAGCCACAGCGAGUCUUUCUGCCUGUCAUGCCAGAAGCCAUGUGCGACGAGAUUGAAGAUUCCAACAUCGACGAUAUGGAGCUUGUGCACCCAACUCUGAGGAAGCUGCACGCUGCUGGUUUCAAGGGUACCUUCCUCAAAGCCUACAUUCUGCUGACCGAGAUUACAAAGAAGAUAGGCUGGGAUCAAUUACUCAAGAUACGAAGCCAAGUCUUCGUCAUGGAGGAGGAAUACCGCCAUGAAAAGACCGCACAGCAACCGCAUUCUCGCAGCGCCAGCACAACAGCGCUCCGUUCUCCUUCUCCAAACACACACGCCCAGCAAACAAAUGGUGAUCAUGGCGAAGUCGAGGAACGUUCCUCCGCUGAGAUAUCCAACACGAACGGCGAAUCAUCGUCUGCGGCCGCCGAAGCAGUCAACGAUCUCGAGAAGCCCAUGCACACUGUCGCCUCUGAAGUUGUGAAAGCCGGCAGCGAAGACCCUCACGCACACGACGCCGCGAACAACGGCAACCCCUCGCAACCAAACUACACACACUUCCAGAACAAGCGCCUCUGCGAACGCUGGCUCGACAACCUCUUCAUGGUCCUGUACGAGGAUCUGCGCGUAUACACGAUAUGGCGAACUGAGAUGGCGCAGUACAGGCAGCAACAACUUCUGUACAAGAAGAGCAGUGAGGAGUGGGAGAUCCUAGGUGAACUCGCCGAGAGACUGCACCACACAGAGGAGGCAGUGGAGGCGUAUGAGAACUGUCUGCAGAUCAAGUUCUCGCCAAAAGCCAUGCGAGGCGUCCUGAAGCUGGGCGAGGAGAGGAAACAAGUCAGAGACGUUACAGCCGCGUUGAUCAGACUGGUCACUUGGCAGUACCGAUGGUACUCUGAGUUCUCACCUUCCCUCCUCUACACAAUCCGCAAACUUAUCGAAGAAGAAGGCGCCGUCAAAAUCCGCAGCAUCAUCCAGGGUACCUCGCUACCCCAGCACGUCCUCGAUCUCACACACCAGUAUGCCGCGCUGUGUGCGGCAUUCAGGAGCAGCGGUAGCGAUGGCUAG